GGGCUGCAGAGCCGCCUCCGGGCGGCGCAGGCGGUCCACGAGGGAGAUCCCCGGAGCUGCUCCUCACCACCUCCCCUUCCCCGGGUGGCCUCACGGUGGCCGCGUCCGGGUGAUCUCUGGGAUAGAACUGCUGGGCAGUAGCAAACAUUACCUCAUGAGUUGCCAUCAAAUCCUCGGUUAUACUGGAAAAGCACAAUUUGAAACCUCCUCACUCCAGCUGAAGCAGAAAUACAGAUUACUCACAAGCUAAGAGACAUGGGCUGCAACCCACCUUACCACCUCUCCUACAGAUUACGAUUGUUGUUGCUCUUUACCCUGUGCCUGACGGUGGUUGGAUGGGCCACCAGCAACUACUUUGUGGGUGCUAUUCAAGUGAUCCCCAAGGCAAAGGAUUUCAUGGCUAGUUUCCACAAGGUCAUACCUUUGGGGAAUGAAGAAACUCUGGGCCAUGAUGCAGCCAUGAACAAAGCAGAGCUUGCUAACUGCCCUUCGGUGUCUCCAAACCUCAGAGGCCAGAGCAAGCUCGUCUUUAAGCCAGACCUCACUUUGGAGGAAGUACAGGCCGAAAACCCCAAAGUGUCCAGAGGCCGGUAUCAUCCUGAGGAAUGUAAGGCUCUCCAGCGGGUCGCCAUCCUCAUUCCCCACCGGAACAGGGAGAAGCACCUGAUAUACCUGCUGGAGCACCUGCAUCCCUUCCUGCAGAGGCAGCAGCUGGACUACGGUAUCUACAUCAUCCACCAGACGGGAAGUAAAAAGUUUAACCGCGCCAAGCUCCUGAAUGUGGGCUAUCUGGAAGCUCUCAAGGAGGAGAACUGGGACUGCUUCAUAUUCCAUGACGUGGACCUGGUGCCGGAGAAUGACUUCAACCUCUACACCUGCGGUGAUCAGCCCAAGCACCUGGUGGUGGGCCGGAACAGCACCGGCUACAGGUUGCGUUACAGUAAAUAUUUUGGGGGUGUUACUGCCCUCAGCAGAGAACAGUUUUUCAAGGUGAAUGGAUUCUCUAACAACUACUGGGGAUGGGGAGGAGAAGACGAUGACCUCAGACUCAGGGUUGAGCUCCAUAAAAUGAAAAUAUCCCGGCCCAAGCCUGAUGUGGGCAAAUACACUAUGAUCUUCCACACUAGAGACAAAGGCAACGAGGUGAACAUGGGCCGAAUGAAGCUGUUACAACAGAUGUCACGGGUCUGGAAAACAGAUGGCUUAUCGAGUUGUUCUUACAGAUUACUCUCUGUGGAACACACCCCUUUAUAUGCCAACAUCACAGUGGAUUUCUGGACUGCUGCAUGACCCGGAUCUUUUGAUGACGCUCAGAACUGAUAAUUUGAUUGUAAUAAUUUUGGCCUAGAGACUUUCAUAGUAGCACACGUUAAGAACUUGUUCCAGUUAAUUAUUAGGCUGAAAUUUUCCGUUUCCUCAGCAGAGCUCUUGGUUAUGUAGAAUGUAGAACCAUAGUAACAAGACAGCUUUCUUGGUUGUUUUGAUCAUGGCUGUGAAAUGUUAUAAUGCAUUAUAAUGCACACACUAUGAAGAGGACAUAGUGCAGGGAAUCUGUGAACUGUGUCCUUGAAGGAUUCAAUUCAGCAAUGUAUUAUGAGAUCAAAAAGUGGGGAACAACAUUCCCAAGCGUCUUAGAGAACCAGAAUUUUCUACAUCUAAGACAGAAAGGUACUAAGAUAUGUUUCUGUUACUCAGUGUAUCCUAUGUGGCCAUCUUUGAAGUGGUGGAUUCCAGGUGCAAAGAAGGCCAUAGAAGAGGGGAACAAAGUCAAGAAUCAGAUGCCACAAACGUGACAGUGAAGAGCUGGCUAAGGACAGAGUAUGGAGUGAACUGGCGGCAGUCCCUGUGCUGGCUGCUGCCACCAGUCCUCUGUGGUGGAUGCGCCCUCAUCAGAAAUACCUUCCAAUCUGUGGCCACCCGACCCUGAAUGUACCCAGCCUCUUGAGAGGCACUUGCCAGUAAUAGCCCACCAGAGAACACACUGUCUAUUAGUUUUUAAAGCAUUUUUUAUAAAAUGAUUUUGUACAUGUAGGCUAUGAAUGAGCAGUUUAUAAGCCACAUAAUGACUGAUAAUAUGUCUAUAGAGUAUCUCUGUAGUAAAAUAUGAAAAAGCUUCUCGUU